AUGAGUGAUGGAUGGACUGACCAAAAGAGGAGGACUAUCAUAAACUUUUUAGUCAAUAGUCCUAUGGGAACUUUAUUUUUAAAAUCAAUUGAUGCAUCUAGAAUUUCAAAGACAUCUGAUAAAGUUUUCAAAAUGUUGGAUGACAUCGUUGAGGAAGUGGGGGUAGAAAAUGUUGUUCAAGUUGUAACAGACAAUGCUGCAAAUUACAAGUUGGCUGGACAAAUGUUGAUGGACAAGAGGAAUAUGCUUUAUUGGACACCUUGUGCAGCUCAUUGUAUUGAUCUAAUGUUAGAGGAUUUCGAGAGCAAGAUACCUAUGCAUAAGGAGACUAUUGCUUCGGGUAAAAAGAUCACAACUUACAUUUAUGCUAGGACGGGUCUUAUAACUUUGUUGCAUCAUUAUACUGCAGGAGUCUUGCCUAUGGUGGAUUCUGAUGAGAAGCCAGCCAUGGGCUAUAUCUAUGAAGCGAUGGAUCAGAAGAUUAUAGAUAGUAGAUGGGACAAACAGUUGUAUAGGCCUUUGCAUGCUGCUGGCUACUAUCUUAAUCCAAUGUUGCAUUACAAACCUAAUCUCAAAGCAGAUAAUGAAGUUAAACAAGGGAUGUAUGCAUAUUUAGAAAGGAUGAUGGGAGGAGACAUGGAUAUGGUGAAUAAAAUUGAUGGUCAGCUUAAGGAUUUUAAGAGUAAAAAAGGGUUCUUUGGGAGUGAAAUAGCUCAACGUGGACUAGAAAACAAGACACCAACUCAAUGGUGGGAAUCUUACGGUGAUGCACACCCAGAGUUGCAAAACUUUGCUAUUCGUGUGUUAAGUUUGACCUGCAGCUCUUCUGGUUGUGAGAGAAACUGGAGUGCUUUUGAGAUGGUUCAUACGAAAAAAAGAAACCGGUUGAAACAAAAGACUAUGAACAAUCUUGUGUAUGUGAUGGUAAAUACAAGAUUGACCAAGAAUAAGGCUGAAAGGAAAAAGCGAGAUCUAACAAUCGAUGAUUUCCAAGAUGAUGAUGAUUGGUGGUGUGUUGCUGAGGAAGAAAAUGCAGGUGGUAAUCAUGUAUAUGUGGCUGAUUUAGAUGAAGAUUUGAUGCAAAGUACUGGUGUUAAAUCAACUGCACAUGUAGAUGAAUUUGAUGUCCUUGAAACUAUAGAAAGUGACAAUGAAGAAGAAAAUGCAGACGAAGGUGAUGGAGAAGAUGAUGAUGAUGAUGGUGGAGGAGAUGAUGAGAUUAGUGAAGAUGAAGAAGAUGACAUUAUGGGGGAUAAUCCAAAUUAUCGGCGUAUUUGUGAUUUGUACUAG